GUCUGUCCGUCUUCUCUUGUUUCAAACUCAAAACAAAACCGUCGCGGUAUCAUUUUGAUUCCGAUUUCUCCUUCAAUUAGGGUUUCUCUCGCAGAUUCCUCCAUCCUCGGCUUUACAAGUAAAAUUGAUCAUUUGUUCUUGGAGAUGUAAGAGAUGGAGGAAGCGAUAAAUAUGCAAGUGGAUGAUGUAACAAGGAAGCCUCGUAUCUUACUGGCUGCAAGUGGAAGUGUGGCUGCGAUUAAGUUCAGCAAUCUCUGCCAUUGUUUCUCAGAAUGGGCUGAUGUCAAAGCCGUCGCUUCUAAAUCAUCUCUCAAUUUCGUGGAUAAACCUUCUCUUCCUCAGAAUGUGACUUUCUAUACAGAUGCAGAUGAGUGGUCUAGCUGGAACAAGAUUGGUGAUCCUGUGCUUCACAUCGAGCUUAGACGCUGGGCUGAUGUUAUGAUCAUUGCUCCUUUGUCUGCUAACACUUUGGGCAAGAUUGCUGGAGGGUUAUGUGAUAAUCUGUUGACAUGUAUAGUAAGAGCGUGGGAUUAUAGCAAACCGUUGUUUGUUGUACCUGCGAUGAACACUUUGAUGUGGAACAAUCCUUUCACUGAACGGCACCUUGUGUUGCUUGAUGAGAUUGGAAUUACUCUCAUUCCGCCCAUCAAGAAGAAACUGGCCUGUGGAGAUUACGGUAAUGGCGCAAUGGCCGAGCCUUCUCUGAUCUAUUCCACCGUUAGACUCUUCUGGGAAUCCCAGGCUCAUAAACAAAAUGAUGGAACGAGUUGACUCUUACUUGGACAUUAAUUGCUCUGUUGUCUCUGGAGUCAUAUAUUAUCCCAUAUCUUUUUCUUUUUUCUUUAUCAUACUAAGAACAAGCUUAGCUUGAUAAAUUCUCUGGAGAAGUCGGUUACACUAUCUCAGGCAGAUAUUUUAAAAUA